CCAUGGCGGUGCAGGCGGGCGGCUGGGGCCGGGGCGCCGCGCUGCUGCUCCUCUUCUCGCUGGCGCGCCGCCCGCCCGCCGGGGCCGCCUGGCUGCUGGGGCUGCGGCCCGAGGACACGGCCCCGGGCCGGGUCUCGCUGGAGGCCGGCGCGCUGGGGGCGGUGGAGGGGGCCAGCUUCCCGCUGCGCCUCUUCUUCCAGCCGCCGCCCGAGGCGAACCGCAGCCGCGCGCCCUCCGGGGCGGAGAGCGAGCCCCGCCUGGCCUUCAUCGAGGAGCCGCCGGCGGGGGAGGGCCAGGCGCCCGGGGAGCGCUGCCCGCCGCAGAGCGCCUGGGCCAAGGACGUGGAGGUGCUGGGCCCGCUGCAGCCGGGCGGGUGCGCGGGGGUGCGGGAGCCGCGCAAGGGGGAGCGCGGGGCCGGCCGGCGGGGGCGGCUCUUCUCGCUCUGCGCCUGGGACGGGCGCGCCUGGCAGCCCCACGGCGCGGCGGGCGGCUUCCUGCCGCGGGUGCGGCCGGCGGGGCCGGAGCCCUGGCUGCUCGGGCCGCUGCCGGAGGCGGGCUGGCUGCGGGCCCUGGGAGCGCUGCUGCUGCUGGGGCUCUCGGCGCUGUUCAGCGGCCUGCUGCUGGCGUUGGACCCGCUGGAGCUCCGCGUGCUGCGCAAGAGCGGCUCGGCCGCGGAGCAGGAGCAGGCGCGCCGCGUCCAGGCGGUGCGGGGCCACGGCGGCACCUACCUGCUCUGCACCCUGCUGCUAGGCCAGGCCGGGGCCAACGCGGCGCUGGCCGGCUGGCUAUGCGCAUCCGUGCCCGGCCAGGGGCCGGCGCUGGCCGGCUGGGUGCAGGGCGUCCCCUGGAUGCCCGUGCUGCUCUGCACCGGGGCCGUGUUCCUGGGCGGCGAGGUGCUGCCCUACUCGGUGUGUUCACGGCACGGGCUGGCCAUCGGCUCGCACACGCUCUGCCUCACCCGCCUGCUGAUGGCCGCCACCUUCCCCCUCUGCUACCCGCUGAGCCGCCUGCUGGACUGGGCGCUGCGCCAGGAGCUCAGCACCUUCUCCACCCGCGAGCGCCUGCUGGAGACGCUGCGCGCCGCCGACCCGCACAGCGACCUGGUGCGGGAGGAGCUGGCCAUGGUGCAGGGCGGGCUGGAGCUGCGCACCAAGGUGGUGGAGGAUGUGCUCACCCCCCUGGCCGACUGUUUCAUGCUGCGCUCCGACGCCGUGCUGGACUUCGCCACCGUCUCCGAGAUUCUGCGCUCCGGCUACACCCGCAUCCCGGUCUACGAGGGCGACCGGCGGGACAACAUCGUGGACUUGCUCUUCGUCAAAGACCUGGCCUUCGUGGACCCUGACGACUGCACCCCGCUGCAGACCAUCACCCGCUUCUACCGCCGGCCGCUGCACUGGGUCUUCAGCGACAGCCGCCUGGACACGCUGCUGGAGGAGUUCAAGAAGGGUAAAUCGCACCUGGCCAUCGUGCAGCGAGUGAACAACGAAGGGGAAGGAGACCCGUUCUAUGAGGUGUUGGGGAUCAUCACGCUGGAGGAUGUCAUUGAAGAGAUCAUCAAGUCCGAGAUCCUGGAUGAGACAGAUAUUUACACAGACAACCGAAAGAAGGAGAGGGCGUUGCACCAAGGCAGGAAGCCACACGACUUCUCCAUCUUCAGGCUCUCAGACAGUGAGAUGAAGGUGAAGAUCUCCCCUCAGCUGCUGUUGGCCGUGCACCGCUUCAUGGCAUCAGACAUAGAAUCCUUCAAAUCUCCCUGCCUCUCGGAGAACAGAGCAUUCACCUACUAUGGUGUCCCAGCCAUCACGGCUGUCGUCUGCUCAGUACACCGCUCACCAUCUCGCUGCAUUGGGCUGAAUCACUCCAAAUCCCCAAACCGGGAACGUAACGACGCCGGGGGCAGCAACACCCAGCUGUACAGCAGCAGCAACGUCACCUACAUGCCUGACUAACUCGUGCACAUCCUCUGCGAGUGCAGUUUUGUCAGGUGCCGCAGGCAGCAGUACCAGAAUGCAGUGGCAGCCAGCCACAUGGACAGCUCGCCCCAGUCCCCCAACAUAGAGGCUUCAACUGAUGGCAUGCUCCACACAAGGCCCCGACGGCACUGGGGGACCCCACAGACCUCCCGAGGAGGACCCUACCCCUACCCUCCUGAUGAGAGAACAGCAUCAUUUGUAAGUCACCCCCUUGGCCACCUACUACGGCCAGUCCACACAGUCAGCCAGUCGGAUGGGCUCCAGAGCCCCAGUGACUCCAUGUUCCUCCGCAUGGAGGGAAUCCCCUUCAUCAGGGAGGAGCUGGCAGACGAGGAGAACAGCAAGCAGCAGGCCAAUGAAUGCUGUGACAUCACCCUGGAGCAGGACAGCCCGAACAGAGAGAUAGCGAGUGGCACGUCCCCAAGCGGCACCGAGGAGACCCUGGGCAAGAAGCUGCUGAGGACACUGAGCGGGUGGAAGAGGAGGCAGUCCCCGGAUGGCGAGACGACGCUGGAGGAGAAUUCCAACCGAGCGCCGUUCUUCACCUGAGCGGCAGCAUGGCUGGAGCACAGCGCUGGAGUCCCCGGGAGCCUGGAGGUCUGCAGCAUGAGCGCAUCCUACAGGGGGGCAUGUGCGACAGCAGCAGGUCUGCAUGCCGCUGCUGGCCCACCCACCACCUGCCCUUCCUCCAGGACGUGCCCCAGGCGAGAAGAGCAAGGCCCCCGCAUGGGACUGAAGCAGAGACGGCAGCCCUGGACUUGCCAGGAAGUCAGGGCACGUGGCCGGCUGCUGCCUGGCCUUCCAUCUCAAGGAGGAGAAGAGGAAGACGCAGCAGUGCCUGGGGGCGUGGUUCCCCUGCCGCAAGAAGCGUAAAGGGGUGGCCUAGAGCAUCAUUUAAU